AGUUGGGGGGGGGGUAACUGAACUGACCAUUCUCAGAAGUGAGUCGAGAAAGAAUAAUCCUGGAUUAGGGCCAGUUGCUCUACAAGGAUAGUUCACUCGUGGUGGGCAGAAGGACCUCUACGUCUGCUGACCAGAACAAGGAUGGAGAGGUGGGGGGGUCAUUAUUCCAGCUGAGGGCCCAUGGGCAGUGGUGUUCCACAGGGGUCAGUGCUGGGACCUCUGUUUGUGAUUUUAUAUAGAAAAAUGGCGGGCGGGUCAGCCGUGCAUGGAGCUUAUUGAGAAGAGGGAAAACUCUGAUCUCAAACCUGUGGGGUCUUGCGGCCAGACUCGUGCGUGGGGAGGGCUUCGGAGUAAACUGGGAGGAAAAGUCCGGAGCUGGAGCCCCUAAACUGGUCCUGUGUCGUCUUCAACGCUGACGGACAACUCCUGUGACGCCAUUGGUCUGUGCUGCUCCUCCAGAUUCAGCUGCCCUGGCCUGCAUGUCAACUUUGACAGCUAGGUUGCAACGUGGUCAGUCUCCACAACUUGGCAGAUGACCAAAAAAACUGGUGAGUUGUGGCCAGUGAAGAAAGCUGUCAAGGGCUGGUUUGAAAUGUGGGCAGAUAAUCAGCAGAUGCAGUUUAAUCCGGGCAAGUGAGAGGAGGUCAGAUGAAAAGGGACAGUUAAUGGCGGGAGCCAGGAGGUUGCACAGGUGGACAACUUGUCCUGGUUGGUCAGGGAGUCGUGUUGCAGUUGUUUAAGCCACAUCUGGAGUAUUGUGUGCAGUUCUGAUCGCCUCAUUGCAGGAAAGAUGUUCUGGGCUUUGAAGAGGGUGCAAAAGAGAUUCAGACUCAGUCCCUGUGUUCCCUCUUCCCACUUGCCUUCCUUCUAAUCCAGGAUGCUGCCUGAAUUAGAGGGCAUGAGCUGUGAGGAGAGGCUGGACAAACUGGGGUUGUUUUCACUGGAGUACCGGAGGCUGAGGGGAGGCCUGAAAGAGCUAUAAAAAUCUAAUGAUAUUGUGGUGUUUUAAGGAGAGGUAUUACUCACAAAAUUUCACUUUACGCUGAUGAAAAAUUGCUGUUUAUCUCAAACAUUGAGACCUCGGUACCUUGCCUACUUUCUUUGCUCGCCCGUUUUCGCCAGUUUUCAGGAAAUAAAUUGAGGCUAAAUAAGAGUGCAAACGAGGAAAUCUGCAGAGGCUGGAAAUUCAAGCAACACACACAAGAAUCUGGUGGAACGCAGCAGGCCAGGCAGCAUCGAGAGAGAGAAGCAUGUCAACGUUUCGGGCCGAGACACCGGCGUUUUCUUGCAGACCUUCUGAUGGGAAUAAUUAGACGUGGAACCCUGCAAUGGAGCUGUGUAAGAAAAGGCCUCCACCUGAGGAGGAGCGCAGGGUGAAGGCUAACGCUCGGGAAUACAACGAGAAGUUCCAAUAUGCGAACAAUUGCAUCAAGACGUCCAAGUACAACAUGAUUACCUUCUUGCCUGUCAACCUCUUCGAGCAGUUCCAGGAGGUGGCCAACACCUACUUCCUGUUCUUGCUGAUUCUGCAGCUCAUCCCGCAGAUUUCCUCGCUGUCCUGGUUCACCACCAUUGUGCCUUUGGUCCUAGUCUUGACCAUCACUGCCGUCAAAGACGCCACAGACGACUACGUGAGUCUUCUCCCGGCCUGGCCUGCACCACCGAAUGGGCGGGGGCCUUCUGGUUGUGGGGGGCGACUUGGGUUGCGAGUUCAGUUUCCCUUUAAGGAAGAGGAAGUGAGGAAGUGUGCUAGGUCACAAUGGGAGGUGGGCUUUUCCCAUGCCCGCUCUGCGCCCUGGCUGCCUGCUGACCUGGGGUACGUUCCUACCCGCACAGGAGAGCUCUACUACAAGGCACAGUCCCCAGACGAGGGGGCGCUCGUUACCGCCGCCCGCAACUUCGGGUUCGUCUUCCGCUCACGCACGCCCAGCACCGUGACUCUGAAUGAACUGGGACGGGAUGUCACCUACCAACUACUCGCCAUCCUCGACUUCAACAACAUCCGCAAACGCAUGUCCGUCAUUGUGAGGACCCCGACGGGGAGGAUCUGCCUGUACUGUAAGGGUGCCGACACCAUCCUCUUCAACCGGCUGCAUAGUUCCAAUCACCGGCUCAUGAACAUCACCCUGGAGCACCUCAACGAGUUUGCGAGCGAGGGUCUGCGGACUCUGGUGCUGGCGUUCCGUGACCUGGAGGAGGGGGUGUAUGCCGAGUGGGCGGAGAGACACCGGAACGCCCAGUUGGCACAGGAGGACCGUGAGGAGCGGCUCGCUGCUGUCUACGAGGACAUCGAGCAGGAGAUGAUGCUGCUGGGAGCCACGGCCAUUGAGGACAAGCUUCAGGAGGGGGUCCCAGAGACCAUUGCCAUCCUCACACUGGCCAACAUCAAGAUCUGGGUGCUGACUGGUGACAAGCCUGAGACGGCGGUGAACAUCGGCUACUCCUGUAAGAUGCUGACCGACGACCUGGCCGAGGUUUUCCUGCUCUCGGGAAGCACCGUCCACGAGGUGCGCGAGGAGCUUCGGUGAGUGUUCUCCGUCAGGGAACGGGUGGGAUCCCCGGCUGCAGCACGCGGGUGGGAGAACCCGCAGGGGCUGUGCAAAGCUGCAUCCAAGGGGUGUGACUCCAUCCCCACCAGCACCGUCCACGAGGUGCGCGAGGAGCUUCGUCAUGCCCGCCAACGGAUGCGUGACUCCUUCCGCUCCAUCAAUGGCUACAGCUCCUCAGAGAAGCUCACCUCGCCUCACCUCACCUCAGUGGUGGAGGUCGUGCCUGGGGAGUGUGCCCUGGUCAUCAGUGGGCACAGUUUGGCCCAGGCCCUAGAGGCUGACAUGGAGCUGGAAUUCCUGGAGACGGCCUGUGCCUGCCGUGCUGUCAUCUGUUGCCGGGUAACGCCCCUGCAGAAGGCCCAGGUGGUGGAGCUGGUGAAGAAGUACAAGAAGGCGGUGACCCUGGCCAUCGGUGAUGGCGCCAACGAUGUCAGCAUGAUAAAGACCGCUCACAUCGGAGUGGGGAUCAGCGGGCAGGAGGGGAUCCAGGCUGUCCUGGCGUCUGACUACUCGUUCUCGCAGUUCAAGUUCCUGCAGAGGCUGCUGCUGGUCCACGGCCGUUGGUCCUACCUGCGCAUGUGCAAGUUCCUCUGCUACUUCUUCUACAAGAACUUUGCCUUCACCAUGGUCCACUUCUGGUUCGGCUUCUUCUGCGGCUUCUCCGCCCAGACUGUCUACGACCAGUACUUCAUCACUCUGUACAACAUUGUCUACACGUCCCUUCCUGUACUGGCCAUGGGAGUGUUUGAUCAGGAUGUCCCGGAGCAGAGGAGCCUGCAGUACCCAAAGCUGUACGAACCGGGACAGCUGAACCUGCUCUUCAACAAGCGGGAGUUCUUCAUCUGCAUAGCGCAGGGGAUCUACACCUCCACCGUCCUCUUCUUCAUCCCCUACGGGACCUUCGCCGACUGCACGCGCAACGACGGCACCCACAUGGCCGACUACCAGUCCUUCGCGGUCACCGUGGCAACCUCGCUGGUGAUCGUGGUGAGUGUGCAGAUAGGACUGGACACUGGCUACUGGACGGCAAUCAACCACUUCUUCAUCUGGGGCAGCCUCGCCAUGUACUUCGUCAUCCUCUUCGCUAUGCAGAGUGCCGGCCUCUUCGAAAUAUUCCCCAACCAGUUUCCAUUCGUAGCCAACGCCAACAACACUCUGGGGCAGCCGGUGGUCUGGCUCACCAUAGCCCUCAGCACCGUCAUCUGCAUCAUACCCGUCAUCGCGUUCCGCUUCCUCAAGCUCGACCUGCAGCCCCAGCUGGCAGACACGGUCCGCUACACCCAGCUGGUCCGCAAGAAGACGAAGCCCUCGCACCGCUGCCUGCGCCGGACGGGCAGGGGGGACUCUCGCCGUUCCGGCUACGCCUUCUCCCACCAAGAGGGCUUCGGCGAGCUCAUCACCUCCGGCAAGAACAUGCGGCUGCCGGGCCUGGGCCUGGGCCUGGGCCUGGGCCCGAGCUGGAUCGAUACCAUCCGCCGCCGGAGGUCCGAGCUGGCUGCCUCACCCGGCGCCAGCCCCGUCUCCGUUGAGCAGGCCCCACCCGCGGGCGAGGAGGCCUCUGUGUAGGGGCUGGAAUCAUGGGAUGGGCCCUGGGGGAGAUCAGAGGAGUGGGCAGGGCCUGUUACCGGGGUUGGAGCCUGCAAGGGUUGAGGAUUGAAGCUUUCUCUCUGCCUCCCACUCUCCCUCUGCCCCUCUGCUUAUUCUCUCUCGCUCUCUCCCCUCCCCAUUCAGUUCCACCACCUAUUUCUAUGCCUUUCUUUCUCCCCUCCCCUUCUCUAUUCUGCCUUUCUCCCUCUCUCCCUCACCUUCCCACCCUCCCCUUUCCCU